CGAUGCGCCGGGUGGUCGUGUCGCACGUCGCGCCCGUUACCGCUCUUAACUUCGAAAUUGUUUUACGAAAGUAUGUAAAGUUUUCAAAUAAAAACUCGUGCAGGACUAUUUCGACGAUCGUGCCGUCUAGUGUAUAAGUAACUUAGAACGACCUAAAUAAGUAGUUUUAAGUUAUUGAAACUUAAUAGGCUUACUCGUUUUACCUGCAUGCUUCGUCCCACGACUCGUGCGAAGCGGUUACCUUUAUUGGAUAAACGAACAUUUUUCAAAUGGAUGUGCGUUUGAAUUCUGUGAUAGUGUGCGUGUUAUGUGUAAAUAAAGGACUUCGUGAGUGCGUGCUUAAAGUCUGUGGCCAGUUUUUUACUCUAGUGACGUGCUUAAAAUUGUAAUAAAGUUAGGAAAAUGCCUGUACGCGGGGGAGAGAGGGGCUUGCUCGUCGCGCUCUUGGUGUCGGUUGCGGUGGCGUCGGCGCAGUAUACGAAAGUCAGAGACCAUCCAUCACACCACGUGACGAGGUUACGGCACUCGCGACAUCUGGACGGGUACCUGCCAUUGCACACGUCGGCCUUUAUUCCGGCGACAUCGCCCAAGCUUGCUGUGAAGGACAACCACAAGCCGUUGUUCACGGAAUGUUUAAACUACAAACCUACACUGAAGGAAGAGCAACCGCCUGGGACGUAUGUCUUUACCGUCCAUGCAGAUGAUCGCGAUCCCCCAGAUAUGGGUGGCACAGUGACAUACAAAUUCGUGUCAACACCAGGAGAAAAAGAAAGAUUUCAUGUCAACCCAAAAACUGGAGAAAUCACCACUGCAGAUAUUUUUGAUCAUGACGAGCCGUCCCGCGAGAAAGAAGCCUACAUUACAGUUCGAGCCAGUGACAAUGGACAUCCUCAGCUCGAUGAUGCUUGUACCAUUAAAAUCCUCAUCGAAGACAUCAAUGAUAACCAGCCAGUCUUCGACAAAGUCUCGUACUCAGAAUCAGUACCACAAGAUUUGCCAAGCGGCCGUGAGGUGAUGAGGAUAUCGGCAACGGACAUUGAUGAUGGAAACAAUUCAAUAGUGCAAUACGAUUUAGACUCAAAUUCCCCUGACCAGGCGUAUUUCUAUAUAGAUCACGAUAACGGUGUUAUAUUCCUGAACAAAACAAUCGAUAAACCACCCGGCUACAAAUUCAAAUUAAGCGCCAUAGUAAAGGACAUGGGAGCAGAACCGCAACAGAGUUCGAUCACUUUAGACAUCCAAGUCGUGGAGUCUAACAAGAAAAGCCCGUCUUUCAUAGAAGUUCCUGAUGAGCCGAUAAGAUUAAAAGAAAAUUACGCAGACUUCAAUACUCCGAUAGCCACAGUGAGGGCGGUAUCAAAUAUACCAGAAGAGAAGAAACUUCAAUUCGAACUGGUGAUGGGUCAAACGGAACAAACAAACAAAUGGCACACAUUCGUGCUGGAACCAGAAGCCGACUCAGCGUAUAUUAAACUUGGUAAUCAUUUGGAUUACGAGAAAAUAACAGAUUACACGUUGACUGUAAGAAUACAGAACAAUUACAAGCUAGCCGCAGAAACAAUCAUUCAAAUAGAAGUAGAAGACGUCAACGACAACAUUCCCAUAUUCAGUGAGAUCAGAUCUGGGAGUGUUCUAGAAAACGAACCCCCAGGAACACCAGUUAUGCAAGUCCGAGCAUUCGACGCUGACGGUACUUCAGCGAACAACCAAGUCUCUUACGAACUUGGCGACCCUUCUGACCCCUUCGCUAUAGACAGCUUAACUGGCAACAUAACCACCCUAAAAAUGUUCGACAGAGAAGAAAGGAGUUUCUAUAACAUCAAAAUAAUUGCCACUGACAAUUCAGAAUCAGCUCUUAUCCCGGGUAAACAUAACGCCGGGCAGCAAGUGUUCCUUAUAGAGAUAGCUGAUAAAAACGAUAAUCCACCGCAUUUCACACAAGACACGUAUGUUGCGGAGUCCAUCGCUGAGAAUGCUAACAUUAAUGAACUCGUCACGCAAGUUACUGCUUUGGAUAUUGAUACGGCAUCCGUGGUAACCUACAGUAUAGUAGCCGGUAACACGUACGAUGCGUUUGUAAUACGUAAUUUCACUGGUGAAAUUCGUGUUAACAACGAACUUGAUUACGAAAAUAUAACCAGCUACAGCCUGGAUGUGAGGGCCUUUGAUGGUCUGUAUGAAGAUUAUGCCAAAGUACUGAUCAAAAUCGAGAAUUUGAACGAUAACCCACCUGUUUUCUUGGCCAAUUAUACUAGGACAAUAGAAGAAGAGAAAUUGUAUGAAGGCUGCAUAGUUAAGGUAGAAGCAUACGACCCGGACCUCGACAGGAACGAGCCCCAAAACAUAGUCUACUCUUUAGUCAAACACGAGCAAAAAGAAUUCCUCCAAAUAGACAAUGAUGGCUGCCUUCGGCUAACAAAACCGUUGGACAGAGAUCAGCCUUCUGGCUUCACAAGAUGGCAGAUCCUCAUCAUGGCUGCUGACCAUGGGGGCAGAUUGGGGUCAGAUAGCUUGAGGUCCACUACGGAGGUUAUAUUGGAGCUGACGGAUAUCAAUGAUAAUGCACCGUUUUUGACUAAUACACAACCAGUGAUAUGGUACGAGAACGAGCCCCCCGGACAAGUGGUGAUCCUCACAGCGAAGGACUAUGACUCGGCAGAAAACGGCCCACCGUUCACCUUCGCACUCAAUGAGUCCGCCAGCUUCGAUAUACGCUCCAAGUUUCAUAUACAGGGCAACAUCCUCUCCACCCUAGUGUCGUUUGACAGAGAACAGCGGAAGGAAUACAAAAUUCCCGUAGCGAUUACAGACUCUGGUACUCCAAGAUUGACCGGAGUGUCCAUACUCCAUGUGGUUAUAGGAGAUAGGAAUGACAACCCUAUGUCCUCGGGAGAAAGCAGCAUUUUCGUUUACAAUUAUAAGGGAGAAGCGCCAGACACAGAAAUAGGAAGAGUAUUCGUGAACGACCCAGAUGACUGGGACCUGCCAGACAAGCGGUUCAUGUGGCUGCCAUCGUAUGAACAACGGAGUCCAUACUUCGACGUGCAUAGCAACACUGGCAUGAUCACCAUGAAGGAGGGAACGCCUAAUGGGACUUAUUUGCUGCAUUUUAACGUGACAGAAGAGAAUGAGCCCCUUGUACCGUUCCACUGGGUGGAGGCGACAGUCAAUGUGACCAUCAAGGAGAUUCCCGAAGAAGCUGUGGAUAAAUCGGGUUCUAUCCGGUUCGUUAAUAUCACUGCUGAAGAAUUCAUUGUUCCGGAGGCUGAUGGUUUAAGUAAAAAGGACAAGCUGCAUCGUCGCCUUGCGCAACUGUUCAACAAAUCUAUGGACAAUGUCGAUGUAUUCACUGUGUUCAGUAAACUAACGGUGAAAGAUGAAUUCCUGGACGUCCGGUACUCCGCGCAUGGCUCUCCGUACUUCGAACCUGAGAAACUGGACAGUAUGGUCAUUGGGAUUCAGGAAAAGUUGGAAGAAGAGCUCGGAGCUAAAAUCUACAUGGUCCGAAUCGACGAGUGUCUCAUAGAGAAGGAGCAAUGCGAGGAUUCCUGUCGCAAUGUGCUGAUGAAGAACAACGUUCCCCUCUCAGUGUACACGAACACCACCAGCUUUGUUGGAGUCAGUGCCAGAGUGGAGUCGGAGUGUACUUGUGAUGUGGAAGAACCGCUUGUUUGUUUGAAUGGAGGUACCCCAUUCGCGGACAAAUGCGAGUGCCCAGAAGGCUGGAACGGGCCUCACUGUGAGCAGACCUCCAUAGCUUUCCACGGGAACGGCUGGGCCAUGUACCCCCCUCCCCCCGCCUGCCAGGAGGGGCACGUGACCCUUACUGUGACGUCACACUCCAGUAACAGUCUGAUUUUCUAUCUGGGACCACUGAGAUAUAACCCCUUACUUGAUGUACAAGAUUUCAUGUCUCUAGAAUUGGUUGAUGGAUAUCCCGUUUUGCUGAUCAACUAUGGCUCAGGAACAACCAAGUUAAACAAUAGCGUCGUGUUUGUUGCUGACGGGAAACCACAUCUCAUAGAAAUUGAUCUGAUGAAGAGUUCCAUAGAAAUGUUCGUGGAUAGAUGUAAACUGUCCACUUGUAUGAGCCUAGGUGCACCCACUGGGCCGAGGGAAAUUUUAAAUGUAAACGCGCCCCUACAACUGGGUGGUGUGAGUGUGGACCUGGACGAACUGGCCCAUUCCUUUGGAUGGAAACACGUCCCCACCAGCCAACAUUUCAUGGGCUGCAUCAGUAACUUUACGUAUAACGAUUAUAUGUACAACCUGGGCAGGCCAUCGGUAGAACAAAACGCGGACCCGGGUUGUCAGAAGAGCGUCUUCACGGCGGUCACCUUUGGGAUCGACACUAACUUCCUCGUGGCUAUACUUGUGUGCAUCGCUAUAUUAGUCAUACUCCUCCUAGCGGUAGUAGUCCACAGACGUCGGGCAGAUGCCUGGGCAGAAAAGGAACUAGAUGACAUCAGAGAGAACAUCAUCGCAUACGAAGAUGAAGGUGGUGGUGAGGGUGAUGCUGGUUACGACCUGCACGUACUGCGGCAGAUGUAUGAUGGACCACCCCCAGAGACUGAUGUCGCGUUUUUACAAGCGCCUGGUGUAGUAGGCGCAGCUCCAGAUAUAUCCGGGUUCCUAGACGACAAGAAGUCAGUACUGGACCGCGACCCGGAGAUCACGCCGUACGACGACGUACGACACUAUGCGUAUGAAGGCGAUGGGAAUACUAGUGGAUCCCUGUCUUCGCUUGCUAGCUGCACGGAUGACGAAGACCUAAAAUUCAACUACCUAUCAACAUUCGGGCCUCGUUUCCGCAAACUGGCCGACAUGUACGGCGACUCGGACGACGAGCGGCCGCACGAGGAGUCCUGGUGCUAGCAGCGCGCCUGGCUCGUGUAGCCACAAUACGUCACAUUCCUGUAGACAACACACUUUGUGACAUGCGAAACCGUGCGAAACUGUGCGAAACCGUGUGAAACCGUGUGAAACCGUGCGAAACCGUGUGAAACCGUGCGAAACAAUGUGACAUUUGGUGAAACCGUGUGAUGUUAUGCGAAACCUUGUGACACUGACUGUAACGCGUUAGAUCGUGCCUAUGCCGUGUAUGUGACCCCACCGGAUUAAGUGUGAUAUCGUCACAUGCUGUUCGCCUUACGGAGGGCAGGUGGAAAAAUGCUGCAUAAAUCAAUAACAUGCGGGUUUUAUUUAGACGGAACAAUGUAAACAAGCUUACUGUACGUUUUAAGGAUAGUGCAAAUUUUAUUAAAAUAUAUCGUAGUGUAUUUUCAGCGUGUCUAUCCACACCCUUCGUCAGUCGCUUAUAAGAAAUUGCAGAUAAAUUUAAACAAUCGCCGGUACCUAUUCCUAGUGAAUAUAUUUUAUUGGACGCGGCAUUUUAUGUGGCAUUUUUCAAAAGCAAACGUUAAUAUGUUUUAAGAAAUGACUGAUUUGUAUCGUUGUUUAGGCAUCGUUGUAGAUACGCCUAAAUUAUUUCUUGUAUGUAAUUUUUAUAUAUAAAAAAUAAGGACAUAACUUCUAACUACGCUAACGUUAAGGAUACUGUAUGUACUGCAAUUUUUUGUAUGGUUGUAAAUUAUUCGGAAAAUCGUAGUUUCUCGUAGAGUAUUAUUGUUUAGCAGCAUUUAUGACAGAUAGCGAUAUGGAUUUAUUAUUAAGUGCCAUUUUUUUCGAUUAUAUGUAUUGUUUCGUAAAAUUUCCUAUCACCUUUGAUUCAUUUUAGAGAAAUUAUUGCCAAAAAUUGGUUAAAAUCCCGCCCAUUUCGUGGUUUAUUUGUUUAAACUUUAGUUUUAAGUUUUUUUUUUACUUUUUUAUGUUAAUGACUUUGUCAAGCGUUGUUUAUACAAUUGAUUUGUAACGAUAUCGUCCAAUUAUUGAUAUGGUGCAUUUGAAAUAAAAGUUUUAAAUUGAAAUUUUAGUUUAUGUUACGGACCUUCACGAUUAGUGUUCAUAUUUCGAAACACAAAAUUAUGAAACAACACAAUAUAGAUUUAGUAUUCCACAUUAGGACUAAUUGUAAAUAUGUAUAUUGCAUUCUUGUUCUUACUUAUGUAUAAGUAAUUUUUAUAUGACUAAUGUAAGGCGAUUGUACAAGGUGUCUUAUUAUUAUGCAUAUCAACGAAUUGUAUGAACUAACCGUAGUCUUAUAUCCCUACAUUAUAAACAUCUCUUGGUGUCUAUGAUAUCCAUUACCAUAAAUAUACGUGACAUUUUAACAUUGUGUUAUUCAUCCUUACCUUUAACACAUAUAAAUAAAACACAUUUCAUGCGCGUAUUAUUUUUUUUUUUAUUAGACAAAGCUUGCUUGACGAAACUGCUAAUAGUCGAAUCAUUUUCUACAUUUAUUCAACUUAAGCCCGACUUUAAUCUUAAUACAAGACGUUGGUACAGAAAAAAUAGUUCCUUCGUUAAAUAGAAAAAAUCAUCCGAGUCGAGGCAAACCUACUUCUUAUAGACUUUUACUCGCUGGCAGCUGUAUUUACGCCUCUAAUUAAACAUUUGGGUCAUAGCUUUGCGCCAUUAAUCUUUUUGAUUUAUUAUGUCCACAAAGACUCGUAUGGGCUCUAACAGCCAUAAGUAUUAUUAAGCACUACUUAACACGUCCAUGAGCUUCAUUUAUUUUAAAUCCCAUCUAGGUGUUCACUAAUCAAACAUUUUCCAGUGAUUGUUUCCAAUAUUUAUCUAGAAAAUGUUGUAGCGUUUAUGUUUAUUAUGACUUGUUGUUCGCAAUAUGAUUUACGACGUUUUAUAUUUUUUAGCGAAUUUGGCGCCUAAUUUGACAUUGACAGCUUGAAAUGUCAUAGACAUUAUUUUUACACUGUAGUAAAAACGAUCUCGUAUGUCAACUUACGUACCAUAAAUUAUUAUAUUUUAAUUUUUUACUUAGUUCUUAGGCAGCUUCUUUUGUAUUUUUUAUUAGUAUCCAAUAUUUUGCGUACAAAUAGUUUAAGUAUCAAAUUUUAAAACGAGAGCCGUUUGUAGUUUAAGUAAGUAUAAGUAUAGUGUUUCUAAUUUCUACAUUCCAUAAAGAGCAAAUUCAUUACUGUUGAUGUAUUUUACUAAUAUUAAUAUCGGAUCAAUUAUUCGUACUUAGAAGCCGAUGGUAUGUGUACAAUUACACAAUCGUUAUUGUGAUGAAAACCACUGCCAUGAGAAUUUUUAGAAUAAAUUGUAAUACUUUAUGAUCUCUUAUAAUGUUUAAUUAUGUCAAAAAGUAUUAUUUUAAAACUAACGGCCUCACUUUUUGAUAAUUUUUAUGAUAAAGGGCCUAUAAUUUAAAAUUUAUGUUAAUUUCAAAAUAAUUUCGUCGUCCACUUGAACUAAAUAAAUCACAAAUAUGAGAUCAUAGAGUAUAAACGUAAUGAUUUAAGUGAAGUACCUAAGUGUGUUUGUAUUUUAAGUAUAUGCGAUUGCGUGUUGAUGUAUUGUCUAUGAAACAUUUACAAUAAGUAUAUUAUGCAGUAAUUUGUACAUAAUUAUUGCGAAUGUAGAUAGAAUCAAUUGUUUUUGGUUACACGGAUGUAUUUAUAAGCUUUAUACUUGUAAGUAGCAACAUUGCCUUUACCGAUUGCAGUUUUGUAUAAUAAUAGUUUUUUAGAUGAUUUUUGCGAAGUUCCAAGCAUUUGAUAGUCAUAAAUAUUCACUCCGUAAAUCUUGCUUUGUGCGCGACGAGCCGAGAGGUCGGGACUCGAGAUGUUAGCGUGAUUCUUUGUGAGAUUGUUAUGAAAAUUAGACUUUUAAAGCGGAGUUUUUGAAUUGGUUAGGUUUUUCCACGUAUUAUUUUUACUAAAAUUUAACACUGCAAUAAUUUUUGUUAACGUAGAUAGGUAGAUAAUAUUUAUACUACAUUAUCUAUGAAUAAAAAAUGGUAGGUACGAGUCGUACGACUCUCAUAAUCUGUGUAAUCAAAAGCAAAACGAACAGAUGGGAUCGAAUGUGUGUAAAAGCAAGCCUGUAAAAGAAAGAAGUAUUUAAUGCGUAGGUUUAAACAGAAAGAUGAGUCCGACUGAAGAUUGUCAUAUUAAUUACCUAUAUAAAUUAGCGUAAGGACCUAUAAUUUUUAAAUUGUUUAUAUAGAAAUAAAAAUAUUCAAUUCAGCAUUGGAAUAAAGUGAUGAAAUUGAA